AGUGUGUGUGUGCAUAUUUCAUAGCGACCAUAGAUCUUCGUUGAAGGUCAAAAAGGAAAGCGCAAGGUGUGUGUUUUGGAAUUACUCGUCCAAUGAACGCAAUGAACACUCAACAUAAUGGACGUAACGGAGUGAUUAGACUUGGUAAAAAAUCUCUCGCGAGAGUUGUCUUAAAUUAUCGCUCCGAUGGAACUGUCAAUAAAAAAGGGUUCUUGUUUUAGCAAUCCUUACCUAAUGAUGUAUCCUUGGAGGAGUUUUGAAAACGAUCGGCUAAUGCCUCUGCUUACGUUGAUACGGUCGUGGACCUUGGUAAAAUAUAUUUUCCUAAACUGGUUUUGCUAGUACCACAGCUAAAAUUGUAUUUUUAUAUAAUAUUUCAAACUUUGUACAAAUACCAUCCCACAACAGGCAAUUUUCCCCACAGCCCGAACCAUUUGUUUGUUUUAUGUUUCACGCUCUUGUUUUCCUUGUCGGGUUUGCCGCUGCAGAACGGAAAAAGGUUAAAUGUUUCUCUUGGGUGGGCGAAAGGAUCGCACCAUCCAUUUGCGAGUGUCAUAAAUUAGUUCUGCUUCAUUCCUGCCAGUGUGUUGUUGCCGCUCGGGGAAGAACAAUCUCCUGCUCGAGGGUAGCAGGAUGUACUGUUUUUGUUCACAAACAAUCUUUCCCUUGGAACUGAAUGUGCAAAAGUAACAAGUGUGUGUGUGUGUGUGUGUGUGAUUUUAAGCGAAAACAGCAAUACUCGUUUGAACCGUAUUGACUGUGCUAAAAGUGAUCCACGUAGACUUGGACAUGAAUCAUAUCGCCAAGUUUUGGCCCCUUUCGGACAUUCAUCUGGCUGGCCGAAACAGUUCCAGCCCGGUGUUUAGCAGCAAACCACUGUACCGGCUGGCAGUGGAAGCUCUCGCGCGAAGCUACUCCAACAACCCACGAUGUCCGCAUUACAGAGCAGCUAUCGAGCAAUUGCCACUGGGCAGUCGGUUGGACCUACUGACCGAAAUGUGUGACUACCCGAGCCUGGUGGAAGUGCAGUGGCAGAUACUUUCCGACCCGUUACUGGUCAGUGAUUUCAUCAAGUACCUGUCCGGUGAUCUAAGCCCGCUCGUUCAAUGUCUGCAGUGGCUUCAAAGUGUCAAAAAGCCUGUCCCUAUUCAGUUGUUUCGUCAGUACAAGAAGCUAAUCGAGAAGAAGAUUUGGACGGGUGGUGUCCCUCGUCUGGAUUACCGAUGUGGACUACGCAUCGGAACCUUCCUGACGGAGACUGGAUGGACCGUGGAAGCGAUCGGUAUUCUACAGCUUGCACAGCAACAUGCAAGCUUCGGAACGGCGGAGGAACUAGCCGUACUGCGACAGCUAAUGCGUACCCAAACGCUUGCCGGAAAGCUGAUCAACGCAGGCAAAACGUACGAUCGCAUGAAGAGAAUGCUGAGCAAUGUAAUCCGGCAGUCGGCGAUUUCCCAAGCGCUUUCCGACAAACGUAGCGAUGGGCAAAGCUUGCAAGACCUACAGAUGGCCGUAUUCCAUUCGUUCUCGCUAUAUCACUACGAGGAACUAAACUUUGAGCUCAGCUACGAGUACGGCAUGCAUUCGCUAGCCAGAAUUAGCGCGCGCUCACCGAGCCGACUAGUUAUCGACGUUCUUCGGCAGCUCGUGCGCGCUUGUCUUGGUCGUCGGAUGCAUGCCAAAGCAGCGUACAUACUGCGACAGGCGAUCGGACUGGUGGUGCAGCACUACGGACGUGUUAGUGCCCUGUACGCCGAAACACUCGAAGAUUUGGCCCUUCUUCUGCUUGUCUGCAAUCACGUAGGCGAAAGUGUCGAUGUGUACGCGGAAGCUCAGCUACUCUACAUGCAGCUGUACGGAUCGCGGAAUUUAAUGCUUUCCCUUGCCCAAGGCAAUCUAGCGUACGGAUUGUGUUUGCAGGCGUACGUUACGGGGCGUCGUGAUCGUGCGCUACAGCACGUCGCCAAGUCUAUCGGCAACUACCAGCGCAUCUGGCCACCGGAGCAUCGUAUGCUGGCACAGGUAUUUCGGUUGCGUUCUACAAUGGAGCUGUUUACAUUCUCGAAUGCGACUGGCGAGGAACCAGGUUUACUGCAGGAUGAGUUAUUUAAUCCUCAGGAUAUCGAACCGUUGUCAGUUAAGGAUUUGAGUGCUCAUUUACGAGUAAUUGAGCAAUGGGAGAAGAAGUAAUAAUACGACGUAUUGUAAGAGGAAAUUGAAUCUUAUACAAAUAUUCGAAUAAAGUUCCAUGUAUGUCAUGGUAAAACGCCCAAAUAAUCCUAAGGACAAGUGAUAAAAAUGAAGAUUAAGAUUUAUAA